GAACCUUUAGCAAUAAUUAACCUCAAAAGAUCAGCAAUAAUGGCUUCAAUUACCCUUUCUUCUUUUGCUGCUUCACUUUUGCUGAUCCUUUCAGUCAACUUUUAUCAAACAGAAGCUCAAGGUACUCAACCAAUUGUGAAAGGUCUUUCAUGGACUUUCUAUGACUCCAUUUGCCCCAAUGCUGAAUCCAUCAUCAGAAGCCGCCUCCAGCAGGUUUUCCGGCAGGAUAUUGGCCAGGCUGCCGGCCUUCUUCGCCUUCACUUCCAUGACUGUUUUGUUCAGGGUUGUGACGGAUCAGUACUAUUAGAUGGUUCAGCGAGUGGACCAAGUGAGAAAGAUGCACCUCCCAACUUGACUUUAAGACAGCAGGCAUUUAGGAUCAUUGAAGACCUUCGCCGCCGUGUGCAUCGAGAUUGCGGUAGGGUGGUCUCUUGUGCGGAUAUCACUGCUAUUGCUGCUCGCGACUCUGUUUUCUUAUCUGGUGGCCCUGAUUAUGAUCUACCUUUAGGAAGAAGGGAUGGACUCAACUUUGCAACAAGAAAUGAAACCCUAGCCAACCUUCCACCACCUUCAUUCAACGCUAGUGCCAUUUUAACUUCACUUGCCACCAAAAACUUCACCCCAACUGAUGUUGUUGCACUUUCUGGUGGCCACACCAUUGGCAUUGGACAUUGCACUUCUUUCACUGAAAGACUUUACCCUAACCAAGAUCCCUCGAUGGACAAAACAUUUGCCAACAACCUUAAAAACACUUGUCCAACCUCAAACUCCACGAACACGACUGUUCUUGACAUUCGAUCACCUAACAAGUUUGAUAACAAGUAUUACGUUGAUCUCAUGAAUCGACAAGGACUAUUCACAUCGGAUCAAGAUUUGUACACGGAUAGAAGGACUCGAGGCAUUGUUACAAGUUUUGCUAUUAACGAGUCACUUUUCUUUGAGGAAUUUGUGAAUUCCAUGAUCAAGAUGGGGCAGUUGAAUGUGUUGACUGGGACACAAGGUGAAAUUAGGGCCAAUUGUUCGGUCAGGAAUUCAGCUAAUUAUAAUUUGCUGCUUUCUACUUCUGUUGCAGAAGAGCAACAAAGAACUUGGUCAGAAAUAUAAUGUAGCCCUUUGUGGUUAUUCUAGCUACAUGUGUGUUGUCUUAUUUUUUGAAGGAUAAAUUAAGAAAGAGAGUACGUGCUAUGUUGGUUGUCUUUGUUUAGAACUAUGUGUGACAAGAAUCUUUGUGAAGACAAGUGUUUUGUCUGAGAUGUACUCUGUACUAUUCAAUAAUACGUAACACUUUCGUUACUACUUUAGCCAAUCUUAA